GGGAGGGGAGGGAGAAGCCCCGCUUUUACUAAAGCUUCCCGGGCGAGGAGCGGCGCGUUUGCCCCGCGGGUGGCAGCCAUGCCCCCGAGGAAGCCCGCGGGCAAGCGGCGCAGCACCGACUCGGGCGUGGAGCCCGGCCGCGGGGCCCUCUCGCAGGAGAAGAAGGACCAGCGCAUCGCACUCUUCCUCAGGGACUUCGACCAGCAGGCCAAGGAGAACAUCCAGGAGAUGAGGAAGGAGCUGGACUCGCUGCUGCAGACGGCCGAGAAGGCGUUUGCCGUGGAGCUGCUGAAGAUGCCGGUUGCCGUCAGGAAGAUGCGGAGGAAAGACCUUCUCGACUUGCCAAGAGGGGAGGAAGUGGCUCUUGCUGCUGCAGUGACUGACUGCUCUCUAGGAGACGUACCGAAUCCAAAACUGGUGAAGACCAACAGCAAAAAAGUUAAGGUAACUACAAUUGUUGAAUAUGAAGAUGGCAAGCAUAUUUCUGCAAAGAAAAUCUCUAAAACUUCCAAAACCAAGUCGUUGGUUUCAUUGGCCUCUGGUUUAAAUAGUGAACUGAACCAUCUUUCUAGUGCCGCAGAUUUCAAAGCCACAACAAAGGUAUCCAAAAGUGCUGGAUUACAACAGACUGUCUCAAGAACUGUACCUACCAGUGGAAGAGCUCAAGGAAUGUUACCAAGAAGUAAAUCAGUACCCCAAGAUAAAACUGUUCCAUUUGUAAACAUUCCCCUGGCUGAUGGAAAGACUCUUUGUAUGGCUGGUGGAGAGCUCCAUAAUAUUGAUGUGCAACUACUAAAUCAAGAUACAGUACAGCAUAUUCAUAACUUAGUGAGUGAGCUGACUGUACUGUGUGGAAAGGCGACAGCUAAACCAAGUUAACGGAACUGCCUGGUGCCUUCAGAAUAUUCACGCAAGGUCUUGCCUGCUGCCUCUCAAGUGUUUAGAGAAUGUCUAUAAUGUCUUAAUAAAGUUGUAUACUGCCCA